AUGUCCUUCUAUCUUCGAUCUUCGCUGAGGGUAGCUGGUGUGGCGGCUGCCAGCGCGGGCGCCACUUAUACCGGCUGCCAUUAUUGGAACACCACAUCCUUCUUCUUUAACACGGCUCAUGCCGAGUCUCCACCUUCUGACGCCAAAGCGGCGCUCAAAAAGCUGGAGUGGAAAGGUUUCACCGAGUUGAAGCUGGAAAAGGCCGAAAUGGUCAACCACAAUGUCAAGAAGUUGACUUUUGCUCUUCCGGACGAUGAAUCAAUCACUGGAAUUUCUCCAAUCACAUCUCUGCUGACCCGACACACUCCUGAGGGCGCCUGGAUCCCAGUAUUCAGACCCUAUACCCCUGUCAGUGACAACGAUGUCCCUGGUCAUGUGACAUUCAUGGUCAAGAAGUAUCCCCAUGGGAAAGGAUCCAGCAAAAUGCACUCUCUGAAGCCCGGUGAUUCGAUGUUGUUCAGGCCUUUGCAGGAAUUCAAAUACGAGCCCAACCAAUAUUCGGCCAUGACGUUCAUUGCCGGAGGCUCAGGCAUCACACCCAUAUACCAGCUGACUCGAGCCAUCCUCAACAAUCCCCAGGACAAGACCAAGAUCGCUCUCGUUUAUGCUAAUAACACGGAGGAGGAUAUCCUUCUGAAGAAGGAAUUCGACGAGCUCGCUCAGAAGUACCCCGGUCGCUUCACCAGAGUCUACACGAUCAGCAAAACCACCGCUGAAAACGAGGGGCCCUACGAAAAAGGGUAUGUGACCAAGGAGAUGCUGAGCCGAGUAAUGCCGCACAAGAUGAACGAACGCAAUGUCAAGGUGCUUGUCAGCGGCCCUCCGGCAAUGAUCGAAAGCGUUGCCGGUGCUAAAGGCGGUUUCGGUUGGACCCAGGGUAACCUCGGAGGAAUCCUCGGGGAGCUGGGAUACACCAAGGACGAGGUACACAAAUUCUAG